AUGCUCAUCUUAGUAUAUAACAAUCCCAACUGCUGGCUUGCGAGAGGCGUUCUCGAGGGAGGCUACGACGUAUUCGCGCCACGAGCUAGGGGUUCUGUCCGCACCAUUGCCCGCGAGCUGAAUGCAGGUCAUCUUAACUCGAUGAAGGAACUACCCGACUCCCAUGCAUGGACAACCACGUCUCAGGGCCACAACGACGACGACCCCUCUUUCACAUACGAGAGUCCCGAAAACAUCCCAGUCGUCGAUCUGAACGACGAUGAUGUAAUCGGGCUAGUCGGUCAUGCAUGCACGGCGUGGGGGAUUUUCCAAGUCCUCAACCACGGCGUCCCCCAAGAGUUGCUCGAGGAAAUCGAGUCGGCCGCCGGCCGCCUCUUCUCCCUCCCGAUGCACCACAAGCUCCGAGCCGCCCGCCAGCCGGAUGGCAUCUCGGGCUACGGCUCCGCACGUAUUUCCUCUUUCUUCUCCAAGCACAUGUGGUCCGAGGGCUUCACCGUUGCCGGCUCCCCUCUCGACCACGCCCGCACCCUAUGGCCCCACGACUACCACAAAUUUUGUGAUACUAUUGAGGAGUACCGAAAGGCGAUGAACGAGCUGGCCGUCCGUCUCAUGCGGCUUGUGCUCGGCUCCCUCGGGAUAGCGGACACCGAGGCCGACGGCAUCAAGUGGGCAACCACGGGAGAGGCCAGGAGCGCGGCCCUCCAGCUUAACUCCUACCCGGCCUGCCCAGACCCGGGCCGGGCCAUGGGCCUGGCGGCCCACACGGACUCGACGGUCCUAACCAUCCUCCACCAGAGCAACACGAGCGGGCUUCAGGUGCGGCGGGAGGACCCGGAGAGGUGGGUGACGGUGCCGCCACUUGGCGGGGCCCUGGUGGUCCACGUGGGCGACUUGCUCCAAAUAAUGUCCAACGGGAAGUACCCGAGCGUGGUGCACCGGGCGGUGGUGAACCGGGCCCGGCACAGGCUGUCGGUGGCGUACCUUUACGGGCCGCCGACGGGUGUGAAGGUGGGCCCGCUGAGGGAGCUGGUGGACGAAUGCUGCCCGGCUCUCUACAGGGCGGUGACGUGGAGUGAGUAUCUGGGGAAAAAGGCCACGUACUUUGACAAGGCGCUGACGUCAGUGAGGGUGUGUGGGGCCAGCACGGCGGGUGGACUUGUCGAUGGCAAUGAUCAGUUGGUAGCUUGA